AUGGCGGACCCAACAACAGCAAUAGCAGCAACAGCAGCAACAACGUGUGUGGUAUAUCCCCACGAACUUCAAACCCUCGUGCCCCACGACUGUGCCGUCUUUCUGACGGUCGAAACCGGUGAACAAGUGGAGCUGCCACCUGCACUGCAACGCCACCAGCUCCACCCGAGUCUGCAGUUCCAGUUGGAGCCCUAUCGUCGCUGGAACGCCACUCCUGCGCUCGGCUUCCUCCAUAGCAUCGACCGCGUUGACGUCUGCGGCACUACACGUGCAAACAAAGACGACGACGGCGAGCCGUUCACACUGGCGGUUCACCUGCGUCUCCCUCGUUCACGACUCCCUACGAGUCCAUGCAACGCAAAAGCUGACGCACGGCACUCGCAUCGCAUGCGCCGUAAAGGCCAACCGACCUUUACCGUUGAACGGAGCUUUGCCGAGUUCCAAGCGCUCCGCACCCACGUGCUGCAAGCCGUGUGCGCCAUCCCCCAGUGUACGUGUGCGUACUGCCUGGACUUUGUCCUGUACAUUCGCUUCAAGUACAGCCAGCCCCGUCGUCUUGCCACGCUCCUGUCUGGCAAUGAAAAGCGCAAGCAGAUGCUCGCGCGAUGGCUCGAAGAUCUUGUCACGAUGGGUCAGCGUCGAGCUCCGACGCCUGGGCGGCGCAAAUGCCAGGCCCAGCGUCGAGUCCCUGCUAUCUUGCAAGCCUUCCUGCUCAACACGAAAGCAGUGUACGUGGCAAGCACGAAGUGA